CGUUCUUCUAGUCGACUUCUUUUUUGGCUGCGUCCUGUGUGCGGUGUGGUAUUGCAUCCCACCGCAUGGUGUGUUAAGGAUCGAUGUUCGCAUGGUGGGUGUAGCGAGGGUGUGUCUUCUUCGCGUGCCAAUUUGUGUCACGCUAAAGCAUGGCUGCCGUUCACAGCGAGGGUGGCCAUUGGGGUCGACAUGGAGGCUGAACUGAAGCCACCGAUUGUCGACUUGGACUUUAAACCGGAACAUACGAAGCUAGGCGGCACUCCGCUGGCCAUGCUGGCGGCACAAUGCAACAAGCUGGCCAGUAAGAGUCCUCCGCCACUCGCUGACGCAGCCGUGGGAAAAGGAUUUCACCCUUGGAAAAAAGGAGGUCCUGGAGCUUCAUCUUCGCCUCCUCAACAUCAUCGUCAAGGUGGAAUCCCAGCUUGUACCGGAUAUCAACGGUCCCCCACAUCGACGUGCAGCUAUACCCCUUCAGACGCUGCCCUCUUCUACCCGGGCGUCUCUGGCGCUCCGGCCUCCACUUCGACUGAGUCCCUGCUGGCUAAGGUGGAACCCAGUUCACACCUCAGCAGAAUGUACUCCCAUCCUUAUUGCGACAGUUGGCCAUUUAACGUCCCCGGUACGGCGGGCCACAUAAAACCCGAAGUGGCUACCAACGCCUUUAACUCUACGUCCUGGUGGGAUGUGCACGCGGGUGCUGGACCCACGGGGUCAUGGUUGGACAUGUCGGGUGCCCAAGGUCUUCAUUCGCAACUGCCUAACGCCUACCCGGCGUCCGAGUACGGCAUUGGCUCUGGACUCCCAGGUGGACCCCUAUUGUCGUCAGGUCCGUUGCUGCAGGACACUUACAAGUCGAUGCUUCCUUCGCAAGGCGGUGCGGGAUCGAGCGGAGGCGGCUCGGCGUUUGGUUUGUCGCAGUCGGCGUUGCCGCAAGUCCCAUCGCCGCGAUCCCAGAGGAGGUACGCGGGUAGAGCGACAUGCGACUGCCCCAACUGUCAGGAGGCCGAACGCCUUGGACCAGCGGGAGCGCAUCUCCGGAAGAAAAAUAUCCACUCGUGUCACAUUCCAGGCUGUGGCAAAGUGUACGGCAAGACAUCCCACUUGAAAGCUCACCUUCGAUGGCACACGGGUGAGAGACCAUUCGUCUGCAACUGGCUAUUCUGCGGCAAGCGGUUCACGCGUUCUGAUGAACUUCAACGACAUCUCCGGACUCAUACUGGGGAGAAGCGGUUCGCGUGUCCCGUCUGCAACAAGCGCUUUAUGCGGUCGGAUCAUCUGAGCAAGCACGUGAAGACGCACAACGGCGGUACGGGAGACAAGAAGGGGAGCUCCUCUGGGAGCUGCUCGGACUCCGAGAACUCGCAAAGCGAACCACCAGCCCAUGGUACACCACCCCUCGGGGGAUUAGGCUUAGCUGGUAUAGGACCUCCUCCUCCGCACGAUCCCAUGCAUCGGCACAAGUAAAUACGGGUCUAUCAACCGAGUGCCUGGGGGACUUACUGCUGUCUUUACAGCCCUUCAGAAUGUGUUCUCACACGCAUUCUGUGUGUUGUGUCAUGUAU